AUGGUAAAAGGAAAAAAUAAGAAAAAGAAAUCAGAAAAAAAAAUAAAAGAUAAUAAUAAUGAUGAAUAUGAAGAUAUGGAAUCUGAAGAUGUAACAACGAAUGAAAAUACUACUAAAAAUAAAGUACAACAAGUUUAUUUACCAGGUGAUCCAUUAGAUGAAGAUGAAGAACUUGUACGAGAAGAAAGUGCAUAUGAAAUGUUUCAUGAAGCACAAACAGGCAAGUGA